AUGGUAGCACAAUACGUGGGGCGGAACCAGAAAACUUGGGACGAGCACAUCACCGCUCUUCAAUACGCGUUCAACACCGCAUGGAGCGAGGCCACGGGGCACACCCCUGCCUACCUCAACCACGGGAGAGAACUCGCCAGACCGCAUCCGGAAGACCGACGUCAACCGGGAACCGAAGCACCACCGGACACGACCCACCGGCGGCUACAAGAGGCAUACGAGCUCGUACGAGUAUGCUUAGCGCAGGCAUUCCAACGUCAAGAACGACAUUAUAAUCUGCGUCGGCGGGAUUGGAGGCCAAAAAUAGGGGAGAUCGUCUGGAAGAGGAACCAUACCCUCUCCGACAAAGCGAAGGCGUUUAACGCCAAAUUGGCCCCGAAAUUCGUGGGGCCCAUGGAGGUGCGGAAAAUAAUCUUUCCGGUCAUCGUCGAUCUCCGGGACCAACGCGGACGCUGGCACCGACAUGUCCACCUACAGGACAUCAAGGCACACCCGGACCAACCUGAGACCGAAAACUAA